GUCGCUUAAUUAAUACAUCAGCAGCCCCUCUCACGUGACUGGAGUGAACGCAAACAUCUUUUCACACAACCUCGGACGGCUCACUGAGUUACGAGCGGGGUUCAACAAGGUUGUUGUAAUUCCAUUUUGUGAAGCGUGAACAUCUUUUUGGGCAUCUACACUUCUUCAGCAUGGGUGAAAGAAAAGGAGUGAAUAAGUACUACCCACCGGAUUUUGAUCCAGCCAAACAUGGCUCCAUCAAUGGAUACUGGAAAACGCACCCUCUUCGAGAACGGGCACGGAAGCUGUCACAGGGCAUCCUCAUCAUUCGGUUUGAGAUGCCCUACAAUAUCUGGUGUGAUGGAUGCAAGAAUCAUAUUGGGAUGGGAGUUCGCUACAAUGCAGAAAAGAAGAAAGUGGGAAAUUAUUACUCAACACCUAUCUACAGAUUUCGGAUGAAAUGCCAUCUGUGUGUAAAUUAUAUUGAAAUGCAGACGGAUCCAGCAAACUGUGAUUAUGUCAUUGUGAGUGGAGCCCAACGAAAAGAAGAGCGAUGGGACAUGAAAGACAAUGAGCAGAUCCUCACAACAGAACAUGGAGAGAAGGAGAAGCUGGAAACGGACGCAAUGUUUAAACUGGAGCAUGGCACACAAGACAAAGAGAAGCUGCAGCGUGCCAUCCCAUCACUAGCCAACAUCAUCGAUAUGCAGGAGGCCUGGAAGGACGACUUUCAACUGAACUGUCAGCUGCGUAACAAGUUCAGGGAGGAAAAGAAGCUCAUAAAGGAGGAGGCAGAAAAGGAUGAGACAUUGCUAAGAAAAGCUUCUUUAUGUAUCCCGCUUGUGAAGGAGAACAAGGAAGACAGGAGGCUGGCCUCAUUGCUAACGUUUCGCAGUGCCAACUCUUUUGAGGAUAAACAGAAGAUAAAAAGAAAAGAAAUCACUGAACGCCCCUGGUUUUUGACAUCCCCUACUGACAAAACCGCUGGAACCCUAAAGAAGCUGGGGCUUAUUGGCAAAGGCAGCAUUGGCAAAACUGUGCUAAGCAAGCCCACCACUGGCACACUUGGCAUCAUCCGGAGGAAAUCGGAUACCGGAGGGCCUGAUGGCACAGAUGCAGCAAACUCGGCAGAAGGAAGAGAUGCAGAAGAGACCAAUGUGUCGUCUAAACAUGAGCCAGUGGUGCCUGAUGGUGAGAUCACAGAUAAUCCAUGUGAGGGACAGUCCGCAGAUUCUGUGGUAAAGGUGGACGAUGGUUACCAGGCCGAGGACGACAACAGCACUGCUUCUUCAGUUAACCUCUCGUCUCUCGUGCCCGAUUAUUCAGACUCUGGUUCAGACCCUGAAGCCUGAUUAACAAAACAUCGCUUUUAACUUCCUAAAUGAACACAGCGUGGGGAUCUCCUGAGAUGUGCAUACAUAAAAGUGCAGUGGCUUUACAUUUUCAGUCUGUUUGGCCUAUGACUUGAAGUGGAGGUUGUUGGUAAGUUUGAUGACAGAGGUGGCCUUAGAAACGUGACGAGUUAAGGCAAGAAGAGGUUAACAGCAGACAGGUAAAGGUAAGACCCGAGGACAGAUAAACAAUGGGGAUGGGAGAUCUCAUCUGGAAGUCAAGUCUUGUGGUGGGCUGCUAAAUGAAUUAGCAGAGGAGGUAAGGGGAAGCUCGAGGGGCAAAACAAACUUCUGCUUUUUCACCUUUUGAUGUUAGCAAUGUUACAGAAUGAGGCUGCGAUCAGGAAAGGCACACUGGCACAAAUCAUUUCUUGGUAAUUGUUUGUGUUGUCUUGUCCACAGUAAUCUGUUGUUCUGAUUGGUUGGCUGUAUGUGAAUCAGAUCAUCGGGUGUUUACCUUGUGGUUCACAAAUAAAAGAAUCCUGAAAAGGUCAA